UAUUAAAUAUUCCAAUAUAUGUUAUUAGAUCUAUAUAUAUGAGAGUUUUGUUCUUUUUUUAUUUUCAAAAUUUCCUUUCAUUUUUUAGCUGCUAAGAUAUUGGAAAUUGGAUAUGUUUUUUGUUUGGGAAAUUUCAAUAGUUUUAGUUAAUUUAGUGCUUGAUGAGAAGCAGUACAUGGAAUGGGAUUCAAUUGCAGUUUAAAAUGCGGUUAAAAUCUUUGCAUCUCUUUUUGAGUAACUUUUAAGGGUUUGACUUUAGUAGUUGCUAUACCAAAGAGCUCUAAGCUUUUUUGUUAAAGAGAUUUUGAUGGUGGGAAAGUGAUAAGAUUAUAUUUGUUUAAGUGUGUUGUUGUGGUAGUGAUUUAUUUAAAAAACUGUCUUCAAUUAAGUUGGCUAUAUAUUGUACAGAAGUCGAAAGAUUAGUUUUUUUUUCUUUUUCUAGCAUGCUUGUAUAAUUUCUGCUAGAGUGCAGAUAUUGCGGAUGAGCUUAGCGUCUUGAAUUGCUUUUCUAUGCAAUGCUAUGCAUUUUUCAUCAAUGAUUCUUUUGAAACUGGUUGAUGGCUGCUGCUGUUGUGGUGACACAAGUCGCACCCGCACAUACACCCUAGUAGAUAUUCCUCGGUGCUGAGAACAUCCCCUAGAGCUAGGGAUUUGGUGAUGGUGGUGUGGGCAACAAAGGAUUGUCAGAAGGUGAAAAACUCAUGUGUUUUGAACAGAAAGAAGAUCAGAAUGGCGUAAUGGGUGAAGGGCAAGGUUUGGGAUCAUCUGGGGAAGAUGAUACUAGGGUUGAUGAUGUACCUGUAGAUGUAAAUAAUGGACCUGGAAGAGAAGUUCAGGUCCAUGAUGGGUUCCAGAUAUCUCAGCAGCAACAAGCUCAAAAUUCUGUCAUACGUUGGGAGAGGUUCCUCCCUGUUAGAUCUCUGAAAGUUCUUCUAGUGGAAAAUGACGAUUCAACACGACAUGUUGUCAGUGCGUUGCUUCGGAAUUGCAGUUAUGAAGUUAACGCUGUCGCUAAUGGUUUUCAAGCAUGGAAGAUUCUGGAAGAUAUGAAUAAUCAUACUGAUCUUGUCCUAACAGAGGUAGUCAUGCCUAUCUUAUCUGGAAUUGGUCUUUUAUGCAAGAUUAGAAACCACAAAACUCUCAGGAAUAUUCCAGUGAUAAUGAUGUCGUCCCAUGAUUCUAUGGGUAUAGUCUUUAAGUGUCUGUCAAAAGGUGCAGUUGAUUUUUUAGUGAAACCUAUUCGAAAGAAUGAACUAAAAAACCUAUGGCAGCAUGUUUGGAGGAGAUGCCACAGUUCUAGUGGUAGUGGGAGUGAAAGUGGGACGCAAACUAAGAAAUCUGCAAAGACAAAAAGUAAUGAAGAGUCUGAAAACAAUUCUGACAGCAGUGAUGAGCUUGGUGACUAUGGGAGUAACGGUCCAAGUAAUCGAGAUGGAAGUGAUAAUGGGAGUGGCACUCAGAGUUCAUGGACAAAAAGGGCAGCUGAUAUUGACAGUCCUCGACCAAUGUCAUCCGCAUAUCAAAUGGCAGAUGCUCCUGAUAGCACUUGUGCUCAGGUGAUCCAUACAAAGCCUGAAACAUUUGGCAACAUAUGGGUACAUGUUACUGACACAAAAGGAUUGCAAGAAAGGGAUGACAAACAUGAUGAUUUUGCAAUGGGCAAAGACUUGGAAAUAGGAGUCUCUAGCAAUCUAGAUAUACGACAUGACUGUCAACUUGAGAAUUUAUCUCCCCGUCCUACAAGCAAAAGGCAACAGAAAAUUUCUGAAGUGGAUAGUAAGCCACUUGAGAAUGGGAUGCUGGAGCAUGACGGUGAAAAUUUAUUUACUAAACUGAGGGAUCAAACUCCACAAUUGGCUAGUACAAAUGCUGAUUCUGCCAACCCUCGUAUUGAAAUUAAGAAAGUUGGCACUUCAAAUCGUCCCGAUAUUUCACAACUCAAAGAUAAAGCAUGCUGUGAUUCUGGAGAGUUGCCAUCCUUUGAAUUAAGUUUGAAGAGGCUGCGAGGAGUAGGAGAUGAUGGAAAUGCUGCUGACGAUGAUCGCAAUGUUUUAAGACAUUCAGAUUUGUCAGCAUUCUCAAAGUACAAUAAUGGUUCUUCUGCUAAUCAGGGUCCCACAGAGAAUGGUGGGAGUUGUUCUCCACUUGAUAAUAGCUCAGUUGCAAUGAAAACAGAGACCACGCAUAAUAUUCCAUUUCAUUUAAGUGGCACUGUUCUCAAUCAGCAGUCUAAUGGUAGUAGCAAUAACAAUGACAUGGCCUCGACAGCUAAAAAAGUUACACCCAAGCCAGAAGCUUUUAAUGACAAGUCAGAGUCCACAUCAACUUUCAAAUCGUUUCACUCUUCUGCCUUCCAGCCUGUACAAAAUGGUCAUUCUUGUUCUUGGAAAAUAAAACCUGGGAAGGUAGAGGAUACAGGUAAUACAUUUCAUGCACAAGUUAGAGGUAUCAACCAGCAGGUUCAAGUCCAGCAUCACCACCACCACCACCAUUAUCACCAUCAUGUCCACAACAUACAACAAUAUCAAUCACUGCAGGAGCAUGAUAACAUUUCACUGAAAAAUAUGGCAGCAGUUGCUCCACAGUGUGGAUCAUCAAAUGUCAUUGGAGGACCAACUGAAGGCAAUGCUGGAAACUAUAGCAUGAAUGGGAGUGCCUCAGGGAGUAACCAUGGCAGUAAUGGGCAAAAUGGAAGCAACACUGCCUUGCAUACUGAACUGACAAAUAUAGAAAGUAACAACACAGCAGGUGCGAAUCAUGGAGCAGGUGGCAUGAGUGGGAGAAUCAGUGGGAAUGCUGUGGAUGAAGAUCGGCUUGCACAGAGAGAGGCUGCAUUAUCCAAGUUUCGACAGAAGAGGAAAGAGAGAUGUUUUGAGAAAAGGGUUCGUUAUCAAAGCAGGAAAAGGUUGGCAGAACAGCGGCCGCGUGUCAAGGGGCAAUUUGUUCGACAGACAACGUCUGAAUCUGAAGCGGGGAGGGACUGCCAGAGCAACGACCUCACUUCUGAAGAUAACUCAUGUGACAGUGUAAGAUAGCACAGAAACAUUCAGAUCGCUAACCCAAGUUACUCAACCCUUGUCCCUGCGGGCAUGCUUCAUUGCGCGGUAAUUGUAUACAUACAUGACGAAUGGGUUCGAGAUUUGUGGUAAAGGAAAUUAUGUGGCACGGGUUGUUACUAUACAUGCACCAAACUUGAUCCUUUUUCUUUUUUAAUGGUUGUGAACUUACAAACAGAUACUUUAUACAACUCUUUGGAGUUUCUAAGCUACCAUGAAUUCAAAAGGAGGCUGCCCUUCAACGGGUAACCUUCGCAUAGAAAUCGCCUCCUCGCCCUGUUGUUGAUUUUUCCAGUGUCUAGUGAAUGAAAAAGACUGAUGUCGGAAUGAACUUAUAUGCUUA